AUGUUCGACUUUCUCAUCGAUACCGUCCCUCGUGAAGAAGCGACAAGCCACUCCAAGCGAGGCGGCUCCGACCCCAGCGGCGGCGCCGGUGGUGGCAGCGCGGCGUCGGCCAGCAUUACUGCUGCCGCUGCCGCUGCCGCUCAGCAAGGUGUCGCGGGCGGUGCUAGCGUGUAUCCCAUGAGCGGCGAGGACGAUUAUGACUACUGGGCCAGUGCUCCCGCCGGCUACCAGGUCUUUUACUAA